CUUGGGAGCAGAUCAUAUCCACACACUGACGACCUCAGAUACAGAGUCACACGCAUGUUACCAGUUAUUUCUAUGAUAUUUCUAUCAGGGAGUAACAUGGGUGCCAUGAUGAACUGCCCAGCACGACUCUGACCACCUGGCCCACAAGGAGAACCUACGUAAGAUCCGGCAGCCAUGGAGGACAAGGGUUCCUGGUUGCAGAAUCAAUAUGACAAGUAUCUAGCCUCCAUAACUAGGUCAAACUUUGACAAGGCUACGUCAGGUCGCAGUUCCUCUGAAAUCUACAUUGGCCUGAGCAUUAAGCAGGAGGAGGAUGAGCAGAACAAAGUUCAACUUCCAGAGGAAGUGGCGUCUCCUGGGUCUCCGACAUCCAUCCUAAAAUAUUUUAUUCAUCUCACAAAGAAUGUUAAUGAACCGAUUGACCUAUGUUUAAUUGAUGGAAUGAUUAGCAAAGGUGCAGAUAUCAAUGAACCUGACAGAUACGGGCAAAUAGUAUUGCACCAGGUGGCCAAAAGCUGGCAGAUUGAUGUUGCCCGGUUUUUAAUUGAGAGAAAGGCGGAUGUGAAUAAGGCCGAUGAUUUCGGGAUCACGCCAUUGCACGUGGCCGCUGCCGUGGAUUACGCAGAGAUGGUGACUUUCUUAAUAGAAGAAGGAGGAGCCAAUAUCAAUGCCGUCACAAAGGGGAAGCAAACCCCAUUGCAUUACGCAGGGAAACACGACGCUGUGAAUUCGGUGAAGGUUCUUAUUGACCACAAUGCAGAGGCUUAUAGUCGGGAUCACAAGCAACGGACCCCACUGCAACUCGCUGCUGAGCUAGAUCGUAGUGAGGCUGCCCGUCUGCUGAUAAACCUUAAAAGUGAUGCGGGUGUCCAGGACAAUACAGGACAGUCGUGCAUGACCCUUCUGGUAAUGAAUAUGCCCCCUGUGGCAUUUCUUGCCCUGGAUCAGUUCUUCAUUAAAGACCGAGCCAACAGGAGGCAGCAUUUCUAUCUGAAUUUGGUGCAACCACGAACUGCAGAUUUCGAUGGAUCACAAGCCAGGUCUCCAUUGGAAAUGAUUGUUCAGAACCGUCAGCUAGACAUUAUCAUGCACCCUGUUAUCCAGAAACUCAUUGAAGUCAAAUGGAAGUUAUUUGGCAGAAAGAGCGUAGCAUUUAUACUGACGUUAAACCUUGUUUUGAUCCUGUCUUGGACGGCCCUGGGAAUCGCGUCGUCGCUGCCAAGAACAGAGGAAGCCCCGUAUAAGUUUCCAGAAGACUGUUGGAGAAUUAUCCUGAUUGUGAUCGCGCUGGGACUUACACUUUAUCAGAUUUUAGAAGAAUUUAAGGAGAUCUAUCGAGCCAAGAAAAAAAUGAAACGUUGGAAAGAAUGGCGGAAGAAAGAGCUUGAAAAAGACCUGAAAUACUGCCAUCCAAUGUGGCCCGAGGAAAAGGAAUACCUGCAGAAAGGAAUAGAAGACCUAAAUAAAGUACAUUCGAGUUACUUCAGAGAUUUCUGGAAUAUAUUUGAUUGGAUAGUGUAUUUUCUGCUCCUGGCCGUGACCGUGACCCAUAUCGCUGACAUCACAGUGCAAAACAACACCGCCAUACACACACACCAUGUGCGGAUAUUUUCUGUGACCAUCAUUUUCCUCUGGCUCCGCCUGAUGAAACACGCCAGGGCUAUCCGGCUCCUUGGUCCUUUCAUUGUGAUGCUGGAAAAGAUUAUGGUAGACGUCGUCAAAUUCCUGUUUCUUUAUGGAGAAUUUUAUAUCCCUUAUGCCUGUGCAUUCUGGAUCAUAUUCGGAGGGAAAGUACCCAACAUGGCGAGCAUUGACCAGAUGCUGUUUGCUAUAUUUCGGAUCACGCUAGUGGACGACUACGGCUUUAAUGACAUGUAUAAUACGGACGCAGUCAUGGCUUAUAUACUGUGUGGGACGUUCCUGGGCAUUUCCUCCAUCCUGUGCAUUAACUUGCUCAUAGCGCUGCUCGCCGACACGUUUCAGAGGGUGUAUGACAACGCCACUGCCAAUGCGGCCAUGCAGCAGGCAAGCACGUUGCUGCAAAUAGAGGAAGAUCUCAGCAAAAAGCAGAGAUCCAAGUACGAUAGACAUUUCCAGGACGACUGCAGCCCGCUCACACUCUUCUACGAUGAUGAUCUCACGGUCAAUCAAGGAGACGAUCUGAAAAAAGUGACCAUGCAGAUUAAGGAAGAGUUAGAUGAACUAAUGAAAAUGCUGAAAGAGAAAAAAGUUAAGCAGCUGCUGGCCGACGUGCCAAACAAGGCACCUGAAAUCGGAAACGCAAAAACAACUCCAAAGAAGACUAACCGCAACACUGUGGCAAGGACUGAGGCUCAGCAACAGGAGAUUCUUAAAAUGUUACCACAGCUAAUUGCAAGUCAUCGGGAACAGCAAGAGACACUGCUGCAGAUGGACCAGAAGUUACUGGCUCUUGGGAGUUGGAUCUUGGAGUUUGACAGAUCCCCAGUUUCAGUGCCCGAGGUGGACUUGGAGAAAAUAUCUGUACAAUCCGUUGAGCAGGUCGAAGAAAUGGAUCAGUCUGCACUGAGCUUUCAUGGACCUUUGUCUUCAGAUUUCCGAUCUCAUGUGACAGUGGAUAUUGUGGGCCGGACCAGGCACCUCAAAGUAUGAUACACCCUCUGCCUGGUGCAAAGCAAUGAAUACAGAUAUAAAGGUGCCUGGAAGAGCAGUCACUGCAAUAGGGAUUGAAAGGUCCCACCUUGGCCUCUAAAGUUCUAAACAGUUACAAUAAAAUAGCAUUUUGUUUUCUA